AUGAAUUACCUCCAGAAAGAUUGCGGAUCUAACAACAUUUGUUGGAAUAGAAGUGGAUGUUGCAAUGGGAUUCUUGAAGACGACAUCACAGACUUCGACCCGAAAUGUCCUGAUGGAAACGAACUUGUUCGUGUUGAACACGAUGGAAAACUCGUUUUAGUUUCUGGAAGACUUUGUGGACAAUUGUUAUGUCCAACGGGAUCAACUUGCAUUCAAGGCCCAUAUUUUGCAGGGUGUUGUAAAUAA